AUGUCUAAAGAUCUCGAUAAAUCCCUGCUUGAUCGCCUAAAUGCCCUCAGGGGCAACAGCGCAGGCCAGGAUAAGCCAGUAUCAACAGAGAUCAAGGUUGAUCUCAUUGAACGCAAGAAGGCGCCAACUCGAGACGAUACGUUGGCAGCUCGUCUCAAGUCAUUACGAGACCGUGGCGAUGAACCUUCACCUUCACCAGCACCAAGGACAACCCAAACGCCAUCAAAGCCAACACCCCAGCCAGAAAAGACGCCGGAGAAGGACUCUCCCAAAACCGUAGAUGAUGAAGACGAGUCUAUCUUCCAAACAGAUGACCAGACUCUGGAAGAGCUACUGGGUGAUGUACAACCCGAAGAAGGAUUUAAUCCCGAACCAGACGACGCACAGGUCAAAGCACUUCUAGAACAACUCGCAGACGCAAUACCAAAGGAUACAGAAGACGAAAAGGAUAAAAAGCAUGAUGACUCGGAUGAUUCUGAUGGAGAGGCUAUGAACAAAGAUGUGGAUGAAGUCAUCGCCCGCUUCCGCGAUGAAGCAGAAGUCGAAGCAGCCCUCGCAAAGACCAAAACACCCGAUCCAGAAUCUGAGUCUGAACCUGAACAAACUCCUUCUAAAACAGAAGAUAUCUCUCUUCCAGAUGUUCCCUCAGACCUCACCGACAUCCCUUCUUCAAAGCGUGCUGGGAGCGCAGAUAUAGAUGACAUAACCGCCCGUCUCGCUGCUCUACGCGCACCAUCUCCCGAUCAAGAUUCCCUCGCCUUACCGUCAGUCCCUACAUCCAAACCAUCAGGCCAACCGGUGAAUCGUCUAACGUCACGGACGAACUACACAGAUGACGAUGUGGAAAGCUGGUGUACCGUUUGUUUAGAGGACGCCACGGUGCGAUGUCCAGGGUGCGACGAUGACGUUUACUGUACGCGGUGUUGGUACGAGAUGCAUCGAGGACCACAAGCUGGCUUCGAUGAGAGGAGCCACAAGGCUGUACAAUUCACGAAGGAUAAGAAGGAGAAGGAAAAGAAGAAGAAGGUAGCGCUGGGAGCAUAA